AUGAAAACAACAACAUCAUUUAGUAAAAUUCGAUCAAAUAGAAUUAAAUAUUUAAAAUUAUUUCCAUUAUUUAUUCAUGAUAUUGAUCAAAUCGAACAAGAUGAAGAUCAUUGGCCUUGUUUUGAAGCAAAAAUUGUUGAUGAUCUUAUUAUGAUUCCUGAUGUUGAACAAGGUGAUAAACUUUUUAGAUAUGGAAGUUUUGGUAAAUGUGAAUUUGUUCGAACUACAACUCAUGUUUCAUCAUCAAUACCAUUAGGAAUAAUACCAAAUAGUAGAAAACAAUAUGAAAAACCUUAUCGAUUACGAUCAAUUGAAAUUAAUGAUAGAAAUAAUCAACAAAUGGAGAUUGAUGAAGAAAGUUCUAAUUUUGAAAAAGAUUUUCUUAAUGAAUUAAAUCAUAAAAUGUUUCCAUUAUCUUAUGAACAAGUUCGAGAACAAAAUUAUCAUGAAUGUCAAACAAUUCUUCAACAAACUAAAAUUAAUUCAACAAUCGAUUCUAAACCUAUUGAAGAUAAUAAUAUCGAAAUCUCAUCAUCAAAAUUACUUAUCUAUGAACAUGCUUAUCUCUUACCAGAAGAAACAAUUUUUCUUCAACAUGCACUUGGUUGUUUAAUUGUUAAAAAUGAAUUUAAUCAAAUUUUAUCUCCAGAUGAAUUAUGGAAUAGAUUCAUGUUAAAAGAUAAAAACUUUCCAAUAAAAUAUGCUGUCUAUUAUCAAUAUCGAAGUAUUGGAUGGGUUAUUAAAUGUGGUUUAAAAUUUGGUUGUGAUUAUAUGCUUUAUAAAUUUGGUCCAACUUUUAAUCAUGCUAAUUAUUGUUUAUCAAUUGAAAAUUUUUGGAAAAUAAAUAGUUGUACAUGGUCAUUUAUAUCAGGAUUUAAUCGAGCAUGUUUAAAUGCAGGUAAAACAUUACUUUUAACCAAUGUUGAAUUACCAAAAAUAAAUACGAAUAAUAUUGAAGAAUUUCUUGAACAAACUAAAAUAAAAACAAUAGCAAUUAAUCGAUGGAUACCAACACAAAAUCAAACUUUAGAAGAAUCAAAAUAA